GUGGUUGUACACUUUUGAUGGCAUCUUCAAGAGCUCGCUGGCGCUUUGGAUGCGCUGAAUAUAACAUGAACACUUUUUCAAUGACACUCAUCGUAUUGAGAAUGCCUAGAAAAUGAGCAUGUCAUAUCAUUUACUUAAUUAAGAUUUCACAACAGCCAAAUUGAGGCAAUGUGAUGCACAAUGUAAGUACAACGUCAGAGGGUAUUUUUCCCUGAUCAGGGCUGCAGCUCCUCUGGUAGGUCCGGACAUAAUUAUUGGCAGCUCCAUCAUAAGCUUGACCCCUUAAUUUUUUUAGGUCCAGUCCAUACCCCUGAAGUGUACUCAAAAUCUUAGUCCCUAGGGCAGCACCAGUAAUUCCCGCAUCACACUACACAAACCCAAAUAACAUCUUCACACACAACAUCAUUAGUGUUAGCAUAUCUAUGAAGGGAAAACUACAUGUACAUGCACUAGCCCAAGUAAACACAAUGUACAUACCUAAGUACUAUGCUUAGUUGUUCCUUGUUAGAUACAUCAGUAACCUCAUCAGCUACGACGGUAAAACACACUGCCUUGGCCACUGUUCAUUUGUCCCUGAAUGUGAUUCUCAAUUAUUCCAAGGUUUUGUAUGUCAGCUGAUGUAUAAGUAGCAUUUCUCGCAGCUUCAUCAAGGUGCUUGGCCAAAACCUGGUCUCCUGACCACUGAAGCAAUGCACAAAAAUGUCCAUGACCACUUGAAUCUUCAGGAUCCCUUUCGAUAUCAGUCAGAUUGUCAUGAUGACCCCACAAAGGAAUAUUUUGACAGCCCCAAAAACUCAGGGUCUCAAUGAUUGACUUCAGCAUUUGUCGAUUGGUAGCCACUGUAUCGGCAACAGAUUUAUUCCAAUGCUGGCCUUGCAUUACACGUAGAAACGCGUCACAUUUUGCAAUUGCCGUCAAAUGGUACUUUUUCUCUUUGUGCUUACCAAGGAUUUCUAAUGCUUUGCUAAGAGUAAUCAGUCGGGAAACCAGAGUGCCAAGAUCAACUCCUUGAUGCGUAGUAGCAAACAAUGCACAUGGUGAACGAAAUCCACCCUUAGCUACGUCACUGUAAACAAGCCAUGGUUGGAAUUGAUGCAACCAUAUGCUGAAUGCUGAAAUCUACGCCCAGUGGCAAAACGAGGGAAAGAAUAGCUUUGACCUGGUUUGAAGUGACUUGUAAGGAGGCGAAACUUUGCACUAUCGUAAUGUUCUUCACUCUCAUGUAACUUCCAAUGUCACAGCUGUCAAUCUUGCACGAAGAAGUGCCCAUAGCUGACUCGGGCUCCAGUCGUGGUGACUUCAGUGGUAAAAAAAGGUAGACUCAAGCACAGCUCUAAACUAAGGCGCUCAUCGUUAGCGCAUGAUGAUACCUUCAGACUCAGAGAGGUUUGAGCUGUGCACAGCAUGAUCAGUGUCUUGUUGAUGGUCACUGUUUGACUCUGCAUCAGGUAGCUCACUCGAAGAAGACGGGAUAGGCCAUAGGUACUUUCUAAGCGCCAUGCCACAUGUGAUCAGAGGUAUAUACUCCAGUCUGCAGAUCUCCAGGUGUCAGGUUCGCAUGCUAAGUCGGCUGGCUCGUGUCACCCGAUACGGAAACUUCCGUUCAGUGCGUCACUGAAAACUCGCGGGAACCUUUUCCGUGUGCACUGUGGAAAGAUUCCCGUAUGACGAGUUGGAUGGUCUUGGCUUCAAAGGCUUUGCUGUGGCUUUCCAUAAGGAGUAUGCACACUGCACAGAUCAUUGGCACAUCUGGCACUGUGGAGACAUUCACCCCAGCUGUGCAUGAAUAUUUACAUGCUUUAGUCACUGUUGCUCAUCCUCCACCACUACAAAUGCCAACAUCCCAAACAUCCAUCAGCCACAAAAAACCUUCCUCUAACACCUCCAUAUCACCCUCAUUGGUCACUGUCACAUCCAAACCAUCCUCCUCCAACCCUCCUCAAUCAUCUUUAUCUAAGUCACAUAAGUCAAAUCCUCCAAAAUCAUCCCCUUCUUUCUCCAACACUCCAAAUUAUCCUCGUCUAAGCCUGUUUUCCCCAAACCGGUCACAUCCAAGCCAUCCUUUUUCAACCCUCCUCAAUCAUCCUCAUCUAAGUCUUCCUCCUCCAACGCUCCUCAAUCAUCCUCAUCUAUGUCUUCCUCCUCCGACGCUCCUCAAUCAUCUUCAUCCUUCUGAAGUCAAAACAUGAAUGGUUAAGUGACAGCCACAUGUACGCAGUGCAAUGCUUACUCGGUGAUCAAACACGAGGAAAAAUUGGGGGGUGGCAGAGCACACAGCUAGGGAAAUUUGAUGCAUUUAAACCUCUACCCAAACAUUCAGCAUUCAUCCAAAUCCUUCACAUAUCAGAUUGUCAUUGGGCUGUUGUUUCAAAUCUUAAAAUAA